CGGAGGGAGUCUCCCCGGCCAGUAGCAUCACGGCUGCCGUCACCAUGGAGACCAGGGCGGUAUAAAUGCCGGUGUUCCCGGAGAUCGCACACACACACCUCGCUCAGCAUGCUCCGGCCCCGGGAUCUCCGGCGUAGCUCGGGCACUCAGACAUUCCUGGAUGCCAUGUACGGGGGGAAGGUACACCUUGCCCGCUUCGUGCUGGACGCGUUGGAUCGGAGGAUAGUGAACACCCCCGCGGGGGAGCAGGCGCGGACCCCUCUGAUGCACGCCGCGUGUCUGCGGGAAGCCGAGCUCCGGAGCCGCUUCAUCCGCCUGUUGCUGGAUAAAGGCGCCGAUGUGAACGGACAGGACGAGGCGGGGAGGACGGCGCUCAGCCUGGCCUGUGAAUUGGGUCACCUGGACGCUGUGAAGCUAUUGGUCCAGCACAGUGCGGAUCCGGAGAUCGCGGACCGGGCGGGGAACCGGGCCCUCAUGUAUGCCGCCUCCUGCGGGCACAGCGCCGAGCUCACCUUUCUUCUCCGCUCCUAUAAGAGGUUCGGGCUCCGGCUGGACGCCACUAACCGGGCCGGGGUGUCCGCUCUGGAUGCCGCCCGGGUCUCCGGACACUGGGAAUGUGAGAGAGCGCUGACCGCACACAGCCCGGAGCCCCGCAGGGGAGGAGACGAGCUCCGCAGCCCAAAGCCGCGCUCCCGGCAAAUGCUGGAGCGCUUCGCCCGACCAUUCUCACACCGCCGGGAGGACCGGGAUGUCUUCUUCCUCCGCUCCUCCAGCAGCUGCUCCUCCGCUUCCCCCGGUACACAGGACGGAUGGAGGCAGCAGGAGGAGCUCCGAGUUCCCGAGCCCGGGAUACAGAGAGCUCAUAGCUGGGACGGACCGGCCCGCGGGGGCUCACCUACCGCACCCUGUAGCCGCCUCCUCCGCAGGGUCACCUCACCUGACUUCUGCCAAGGACUGCCUGACCACACCCUCACCAUGAGAAGGGACAGCAUCUGCAGCCGCAGCCUGCUCAUCCUACCCAGUAACAGGCAGGCUCUGGCCUUGUGACCCUCUGGGGCCCUGUGAUGGUAAUAUUUGGCUCUUAUUGUGACCCUAUGGGGCCCUGUGAUGGCAAUAUUUGGCUCUUAUUGUGACCCUAUGGGGCCCUGUGAUGGUAAUAUUGCGCUCUUAUUGGGGCCCUAUUGGGCCCUGUGAUGGCCACUUUGCACGCUUACUGUGGCCCCAUGGGGACCUGUGAUGGACCUACUGCAGCCUCACUGUAACUUGUGAUGGACAGAUUGCAACCUCUCUGUGGCCCCAUGGACACCUGCGAUGGGCACACUACAGCCUCAUUGUAACUUGUAAUGAGAACACUACAGCCUCAUUGUAACUUGUGAUGGGCAGAUUGCAACCUCUGUAUUGCCCCAUGGUGACCCAAUGAUGGGCACACUACAGCCUCCUUAUAUCUUGUGAUGGGCACACUACAGCCUCCUUAUAACUUGUGAUGGGCACACUACAGCCUCCUUAUAACUUGUGAUGGGCACACUACAGCCUCCUUAUAUCUUGUGAUGGACACACUACAGACUCCUUAUAACUUGUGAUGGGCACACUACAGACUCCUUAAAACGUUUCAUGGGCACACUACAGCCUCCUUAUAACUUGUGGUGGGCACACUACAGCCUCCUUAUAACUUGUGAUGGGCACACUACAGCCUCCUUAUAACUUGUGAUGGGCACACUACAGCCUCCUUAAAACUUUUCAUGGGCACACUACUGCCGCCUUAUAACUUGUGAUGGGCAAACUGCAGACUUUUUAUAACUUGUGAUGGACACACUACAGCCCCCUUAUAACUUGUGAUGGGCACACUACAGACUCCUUAUAACUUGUGAUGGGCACACUACAGACUCCUUAUAACGUGUGUUGGGCACACUACAGCCUCCUUAAAACUUUUUAUGGGCACCCUACAGCCUCCAUUUGAUGGACAGACUACAGCCUUCACAUAACUUGUGAUGGGCAAACAUCAGCCUUCCUUUGAUGGUUAGACUACAGCCUCCUUGUAACUUGAGAUAAGCAGUUUGCAACCUUCCUGUGGCCCCAUGGCGACCUAUGAUGGGCACACUACAGCCUCCAUUUAACUUAGGAGAACACUACAGCCUCAUUGGAACUUGUGAAGGACACACUGCAGCCUCCUUGUAGUGGACACACUGCAGCCUCCUUGUAAUGGACACACUGCAGCCUCCUUGUGGUGGCCCCAUAAUGACUUUUGAUGAUCACACUGCAGCCCCCCCCCCUGUAUCUUGUGAAGGACACACUACCUCCCUGUGGCCCCAUAUUGACCUCUAAAGGGCACACUGCAGCGACCCUGUGAUGGACAUACUACAGCCUCCCCGUGGCCCCAUAGUGACUUGUAAUAUGUAUACUUUAGCCUCCCCGUGGCCCCAUAGUGACUUGUAAUAUGCAUACUAUAGCCUCCCAUGGCCCAAUAGUGACUUGUAAUAUGCAUACUAUAGCCUCCCCGUGGCCCCAUAGCGACUUGUAAUAUGCAUACUAUAGCCUCCCAUGGCCCCAUAAUGACUUGUAAUAUGCAUACUAUAGCCUCCCAUGACCCCAUAAUGACUUGUAAUAUGCAUACUAUAGCCUCCCCGUGGCCCCAUAGUGACUUGUAAUAUAUGCAUACUAUAGCCUCCCGUGGCCCCAUAGUGACUUGUAAUAUGCAUACUAUAGCCUCCCAUGGCCCAAUAGUGACUUGUAAUAUGCAUACUAUAGCCUCCCCGUGGCCCCAUAGUGACUUGUAAUAUAUGCAUACUAUAGCCUCCCCGUGGCCCCAUAGUGACUUGUAAUAUGCAUACUAUAGCCUCCCCGUGGCCCCAUAGCGACUUGUAAUAUGCAUACUAUAGCCUCCCAUGGCCCCAUAAUGACUUGUAAUAUAUGCAUACUAUAGCCUCCCGUGGCCCAAUAGUGACUUGUAAUAUGCAUACUAUAGCCUCCCGUGGCCCCAUAGUGACUUGUAAUAUAUGCAUACUAUAGCCUCCCCGUGGCCCCAUAGUGACUUGUAAUAUGCAUACUAUAGCCUCCCCGUGGCCCCAUAGUGACUUGUAAUAUAUGCAUACUAUAGCCUCCCCGUGGCCCCAUAAUGACUUGUAAUAUGCAUACUAUAGCCUCCCCGUGGCCCCAUAGUGACUUGUAAUAUAUGCAUACUAUAGCCUCCCCGUGGCCCCAUAGUGACUUGUAAUAUGCAUACUAUAGCCUCCCGUGGCCCCAUAAUGACUUGUAAUAUGCAUACUAUAGCCUCCCCGUGGCCCCAUAGCGACUUGUAAUAUAUGCAUACUAUAGCCUCCCGUGGCCCCAUAGCGACUUGUAAUAUAUGCAUACUAUAGCCUCCCCGUGGCCCCAUAGCGACUUGUAAUAUGCAUACUAUAGCCCCCCGUGGCCCCAUAGUGACUUGUAAGAUGCAUACUAUAGCCUCCCCAAAGCGACAUGUAAUAUGCAUACUAUAGCCUCCCGUGGCCCCAUAGUGACUUGUAAUAUGCAUACUAUAGCCUCCCCGUGGCCCCAUAGUGACUUGUAAUAUGCAUACUAUAGUCUCCCCGUGGCCCCAUAGUGACCUCUAAAGGGCACACUGCAGCCACCCUGUGAUGGACAUACUAUAGCCUCCCUUUGGCCCCAUAGUGACUUGUGAUUGGCAACCUCUACUGAUGGAGGGUCACCAAACACAGAUGGGGGGGGGUUCUCUCGUCCAAUGAGAAGUGUGUUUGCAUUGUCUCUUGUUGUACAGCCAUAAUACUGAUUGGCUGCCCUGGCACUGCUGGUGAACUGAGUGGAAGGACUGCACCAAUACCAGAAGGACUGUCAGAGAAUAAGAGCUGCCAAUGGAGAUCCAGGAAUGACAGUAAUGGUCCCACCGUGAUGCCAUUAGAUGAUAAGUGACAAGGACAUGACUGUAUGAGUUGACAGGCAGAUGCUGCGACAUUGCGCACUUCAUAAUGUUUCUUUCAUCAUCCGGGGUUAUUCAUGAAGCUCCUGUGUAGACGGAUCUCUCAGCAGGGACCGUCGGGGGGGAUGGUAAUUAUCUACACAUCACCUUCAUAUGAACAAUGUGUGUUGUCCUAGAAUAUAGGUUGGUGUAGAAAUAUUAGGCUUCUUAGUCAUUUUUGCAAUUAUCUUUGUAAAACAAAUAUUUUACUAGAAUUUAGUGCAAAUACUUGGAUGAUUUCCUAAAGGCAUCAUUUUAAUAAAACUACGAAAUGAGUGAGGA